CCUCAUUUUCUCGAAGACUUUCCUGGAAAAACCCAAAAGGAAAAAAAUAAAGGGAAAGAUGAGACAUGACGAAACAGUCUUACUUUCUUCCUAACGGAACAUCCUUUCUCUCCUCCUCUUACUUCACUCUCUCUUCAACAGCAUAAUCAUGACUUGACAAAACCAACGACACAAAACACAGCCAUAACGACCCAAGCUAAAGUUGCAACAACAACAACCAACAGAGACAUGGGCGCAUCGCUAUCGAACCUUAACGGUGCGACCAUGGGUCCGGGACUGGGGGACAUACCGGAGAGCUGCGUGGCCUGCGUCUUUUUGUACUUGACUCCACCCGAGAUUUGUAAUCUUGCUCGAUUAAACCGCGCUUUUCGUGGUGCGGCGUCGUCCGAUGCCGUUUGGGAAAAGAAGCUUCCGCCUAAUUAUCAAGAUCUGCUCCAUUUUAUGCCUCCUGAACGCUAUCAAAAUUUGUCUAAAAAGGACAUUUUUUCCCUCCUCUCUCGUCCCGUUCCCUUUGAUGAUGGAAAUAAGGAAGUGUGGAUAGAUAGAGUUACUGGAAGAGUUUGUAUGUCAAUAUCAGCAAAAGCAAUGGCCAUAACUGGAAUUGAAGAUCGGAGAUAUUGGAAUUGGAUUCCUACUGAAGAAUCUAGAUUCCAUGUUGUGGCCUACUUGCAACAGAUAUGGUGGUUUGAGGUAGAUGGGAUAGUGAAGUUCCAUUUUCCUCCUGAUGUCUAUACUCUGUCAUUCAGGCUUCAUCUUGGAAAAUUUUCCAAAAGGUUGGGACGGCGAGUGUGUAAUUUUGAGCACACCCAUGGUUGGGAUAUAAAGCCUGUAAAAUUAGAGUUGUCUACUUCAGAUGGUCAGCAAGCAUCAUGUAAAUGUUAUUUAGAUGACACUGAACAAGAUGAUGCAAAUGGCAACCAUAAGCGUGGAUGCUGGAUUGAGUAUAACGUUGGUGAAUUCAUUGUCACCGACUCAAAACCAGCAACAGAAGUUAGGUUCUCAAUGAAACAGAUUGAUUGCACACACUCGAAAGGUGGGCUUUGUGUAGAUUCCGUGUUUAUCACCCCCAGUCGUUUGAAAGAGUGGAAAAGGAAAGAUUUUAUCAAUUAGGUGACUCCUGUGCAUUAUGAUUUAGUUUUGUUUCAUUUAUACUAGUAUAUUGGCUUUGGUUAUACUCUUUUGUUUUUCCCUUGGAGGGGUUGGUGCUUUUGUUAAGCAAUUUGUAACUUAUCAUUCUUAAAACUUUACUAAAAGCAGUAUCAUACAACUUAAAUUUUCUUUUUGUUUAAUGAUAUAUAGCAAGUUGUUCUGUA